AUGCAUUUUGGAGUAAUAUUAUUAAUGGUGUCUCGACAGCUGCCUAAUCGUGGUCACACGUUUGCACUUUUAAAACCCGACAUCACAUCAAAUCCUAUUAUUUUAAAGAAAGUUAUUGAAAGGAUUGUAGAUGAAGGACUUUUAAUUGUUGGUGGAAAAAGAUUAACAUUAACAAAAGAGAUAGCUGGAGAGUUAUACAAAGAACAUGAGGGUAAAUUUUUUUACAACCGUCUAAUUACUCAUGUAUGCAGUGGACCAGUAAUUGCUUUAAAAUUGACAACAGUUCCUGAAUCAAAAAAUGAUCCUGUUAAAUUAUGGAGAAAUUUAUUAGGUCCCUCAAAAUUAUUUAAAAAUUGGAUGGAAAACGAUAAUAGUGAAAGUUUACGAAAUUCUUUUUCAUUAUCGGAUACGAGAAAUGUAGGUCAUGGCAGUGAUACUAUUCUUUCAACUGAAAGGGAGCUCAAAAUAUUUGAGCCAUUUGAUUUGAUAAAUGGUGAGUUGAUUGAAAAAGAAAGCUUGAUAAAUAGGUUAAUUCCUGAUUUAAAAAAAAUGGAAAGUGAUAUAAUAAAUGAUGGUGAUAAUAAUAAUAACGAUGAAUUAGUGGAUUGA